CAGCAAAGGGGAUGGGGCAUAGCAGGAAGGUCUAUGCUUGAUGGACAGGCAUAAAUAGACCCCAUAGAGAGGAGACAAGAAUUUAACAGAUUAGAAGUUAAGGGGAUGAACAGUUUACAUUCAAUGCUAACUUUCGAGCAUGUUGCUACUUCUGCGAAUGAUGAUGGUGAUGAUGAUGAUGAUGAGCGGGAGUCAGGAGGUUGUGGUCCAGCCUGCGGAGGUCCAAGACGUGUCUCCUGCCAGUUCCUGGUUGAUGUUCCUCAACAACGCCAACAAGGAAGCUUCUAAAAGAACACCAAAGGGCCCUCCAGGCCCACAAGGAUCCCUCCUACCUGGACAGCAGCAGGUCAAACUGGCAGAUGUGACGUCAAAAACGUGCGUACGGUGCGAGCGCCCUCCCCGAGUCCCAGCCUCCUUCCUGGGUCGCCUCCCGCGGGCCGUCAAUGUUCCUCGCCGCAGUCUGCAGGAGCUCUCCGGCUUCCGCCAGGCCAGCCUCUUCCAGAGAGGUCAAAGCUUCAAUGCCAGCGAUGGGCGGUUCACGGCACCGCUGCACGCCUUCUAUCAGCUGAGUGCCAACCUCCUGCUACAGUCAGGUGACCGUGUCCUCAUGCGACCUCGAGAUAACGUGAGAGCUGCCAUCUGCCUCAAUUCCCUCUGUCAGAGUAACCUGUCCAUAGAGUCUGUGAUGGGCGUGGCCAACGUAAGAGGAGCAUUCAGGAUCUUCCUCACAGGAAUGUUCUUCUUACAGCAGGCUGGUGAGUACGUGUCCAUCUUCGUGGACAACAACACAGGCUCAGCCGUCCGCGUCCUGCCAGACUCUUUCUUCAAUGGAAUACUGCUGGGAGCUUGACUUCCUAAUACCACUUGGACUUAGACAAACUUUAUUGAUCCACAAGGGAAAUUGUUCCACACAGUAACUCAGUUACAAAGGAUGGAAAGGGUAAGGAUGGAAAGGAUAAUGCGGGUAUAAAGUAGACUAAAAAUGUACCAUAGUAGCAAUAUAAAAUAUAACAUUUACAUAUACUUGUACAGAACAUAAUGUCAUGGCUGUUUUGAGUUUACAAUAAUUUCUACAACUCUUUA